UUACGUCACUCAAAGAUGGAUGCACAGAAUCAUAAAUAACACUGAAAUUUAGGUGUGAGCAGUGAGACUUUGUUGAAUCACACAAGUCAAGAACAUUAACUUGAAGAAGACACGCUUUAUUAAAAUAAUCGAAAGGAAAAGAAAGAAAAGAAAGGAAACUGAAGAGUGUUUUCUUUGGUUGGUUGCUGUGCUGAAUUUGGAAUAGUAAUAUGGGUGAUGUCUAUAGAAAUGCAAAUGCAAGUGCGAGCUCGAGCUCGAGUUUGAAUAGUAGCUCACAUGAUACAGAGGAUGAUCACACCAUUGCUGAGAUAUUGACUGAGGAGGAGAAAUUAAGCUAUGAUAAUCACAAGCUUGGCAAAAGGUUCUCUCAUUUGGACUCGAUUCCGUAUAGGCAGCACACUCCUCGGGUAAUUGGUGAUAUACCCGAUCCAAAUGAUGCAACCUUAGACCAUGAGAGGCUAGCUCAAAGGCCGGCGACAUAUAGCUUAGCUGAAAUGCAAAUCGAGGGAGACGGGAAUUGUCAGUUUCGAGCCCUCGCUGAUCAGCUGUUUCAGAAUCCAGACUACCACAAGUUCGUGAGAAAGCAGGUUAUCAAGCAGAGUAGUGGCUAAGCUUUUGGAGCGAAGUUCACUAUAAUUCGUUGUAUCAAGCUGGAGAGGUUCCUACGAACAAGGAGGAAAAAGCAUUGGCUCUUCUAAAGUUGGUCGACUCGUAAAUAGAAUUAUUUCACAACACAUUUAUACAUACCCAUAUACCUUGUGUAACUCUAGAUGUCAAACCAAUUUACUUCUUAUUUUGAAUUCUAAGUAUCUCUUAUUGUCACUCAAAUUUUCCCAUGACUUAUGAUUAGUUAUAUUUAUACUUGGAACAAAAA